CUGAUGAUUUACAACGGACGGCAACCCCGCCUCUCCCUCCCGCACCUCCCUCUCUCCGCCUCGACCGCAUCCGUGCGAUCCGCUUCUGUCGCACCUCCCCCUUCUGGCCGCUAUCGAAUCCGUCCCCCUCCCGUCGCCGCCCAGUCUCCCCUCCCACCGCCGCCUCCCUCCCGUCGCCGACCCAAUCCGCCGUCUUGCCGCCCAGCUCCGGCUCCGGUCUCCCCACUCUCUUUCUCAAACCCGUCGCCUGUUGAUCCCCGUCCUCCGCCGCAACCUACGCCCUCCUCCGCGCAGACACCGAUCUCCGUCGCCAGUUCAACGUCGGGCGCAUCCAUCCACGACCACGACCACGACCACGCCGCCCGCCGAUCCGGACAUCGCUGCUGUCCCUCCGCCGGCGAAGUCUGUGCGGCCUCCGCCUCAACCGGCAUCGCCGCCGCUGUCCCUCCACCGCGGAAAUCGUCACGCCUCGCCUCAACCGCCACCUAUACGGAGUCACGCCGCCGUCCCUCCGCCGCUGAAAGGACAACACCAGCGACGCCUAGCGGAUCUCCACGCCUGCUGCCCACCGGCACUGCCCACUGAACAAGUGUAAUUAGCCGUUGGAGUGCUUCUUGAAGUAGACAGAAAGCAUAAUGGAUAAAAUGGGUGAGACAUUAUUUGUUUUUCUCAACUUUGAGAGUUGACUGGGAUGUAAUUCUGGAUAACAUAAUCAUCACGUGUGAAUAUUUGAAACGAACUUCAAUUGUCUAUUUCAGACAGCUGUACAUGUCAUUGGUUGUUCAUUCCAAUAAAGUGUGCAUUGUCGAGCGAUUGGUGAUGAUUGUCCCUUAAUUAUGCACUUCACACUAAUAUUAACCAUAUAACAUAUAGUGCCAUAUAACUCCAGAUAUUCAUAGUUGCAUCUGAGCCAAAUGGUGUCUGUCAUAUCUUUGAUUGACCUUGCACACAAUUUCAUAGUCGUGUUAAUGUACUUAGCAAAUUCGCCAUAAUACACGAUUAAAACAGUGCAAUGUAUGGUUAUGGCACUACUAUGCAAGCUAGGAUUAACCACUAAUGUACAAAUUUGGCAAUUAGGUGUUGACGCAACGAGGCCACAAACUGAAGAGCGUAUUGCAUUCGGAGAUAUUACCAACAGACUAGAUGUAUUGCAAACGACACCUUUAACACCUUCCAAUGAGGUAUUACAUAAGCGGGAAGCAGCUAACCGAAGACAACGUGAAUGUCGUGCAAGGAAAAAGGCUGCAGCAAUUACCCCGUGUUCUGGUACACUGAUGCAACCAACAACUGCUUCUCUUUCUAUGGGAAGUGAAGUUGUCAAUGCCCGGCUAGCUGAAACUACCAAAGAUGCCAGAGAGGAAAGGAACCGUAAGCAACGUGAAUAUCGCCAAAAGAAGAAGCUGGGGUUAACUAAUCUUGAUGGGAGUGUGAGCUCUUUAACACCCGUCCAACCAGCAAAUGAGGAAAGGAACAGAAAGCAACGUGAAUACCGUGCGAGGAAGAAGGCUGAGUCAAACAUUGUUAGCGGAUCAAAUUCUGAAUCAACCAAUCAUAAUGUUUCACCAUAUGGAACGACAUAUUCUACCGUUUUGCAAGCAACAAGUGUAUUAGACAAGGAAGCUGUUGAUCUAGAUGAUCCUGUGGAUUGGCUUCACAGAAAUGAUACCUACCAAAGACAAUGUAGGAAGAGGAAAGUAGUUAGCAUUGAACAUGACCAACACUCACCCAUCCUAGAUGGAGUUACACAAGACGAAAGUAUACCUGUCCAAGCUGUUCAUCAGGAUGUUCCAAGUUCCGAUUACAUUGAAUUCGAUAGUAGACUAUUCGAACCUCUACUAAACAAUUAUGACGACGAAGGUAAUGUCGAACUGACGCAGACAUGUGACGUCGUGGAUAGUGAUGAUGAGGAAUUGCAAAAUAAAGAGAAUGAUGACGUUGGCAAUACUUUAUACGAUGAAGACACUAAUGAGGUGGAUAACAGGUCAUGCAAGCGGAAGAAAGAUAGAUUUGUCACUGCAAGAGAAGUCUAUGCCCUGGAUUGGUAUUCUAACCCUGAGAACCAAAAGAAGAUACGAGCUGAGCUGUACCAGGGUGUCGUCAACGUGAUCAAUUCUGGAGAGACAAGGGGUAAAGAGGUAGGAAAGAGGAUUGUUCUACCUCGGUCUUUUCCUGGUGGCGAUCGCGACAUGCAGCGGUGGUUUCUUAAUGCAAUGGCUCUUGUCCAACGUUUCGGGAGACCAUACUACUUCAUCACGAUGACCUGCAAUCCAAAUUGGGAGGAGAUAACAGAAAAUCUCUAUCCUGGCCAACAGCCGCAAGAUCGACCGGACCUUGUUGCAAGGGUAUUCAGGGCCAAGCUACGAGACAUGUUAGAUUUGUUCACCAAGAAAAAGUAUUACGGUGAGGUUCAGGCAUAUGCUCAUGUUACCGAGUUUCAGAAGCGGGGCCUCCCACAUGAACAUAUCCUAUUAAUCAUGAAGCCAGAGAAUGAUGACGUUGGCAAUACUUUAUACGAUGAAGACACUAAUGAGGUGGAUAACAGGUCAUGCAAGCGGAAGAAAGAUAGAUUUGUCACUGCAAGAGAAGUCUAUGCCCUGGAUUGGUAUUCUAACCCUGAGAACCAAAAGAAGAUACGAGCUGAGCUGUACCAGGGUGUCGUCAACGUGAUCAAUUCUGGAGAGACAAGGGGUAAAGAGGUAGGAAAGAGGAUUGUUCUACCUCGGUCUUUUCCUGGUGGCGAUCGCGACAUGCAGCGGUGGUUUCUUAAUGCAAUGGCUCUUGUCCAACGUUUCGGGAGACCAUACUACUUCAUCACGAUGACCUGCAAUCCAAAUUGGGAGGAGAUAACAGAAAAUCUCUAUCCUGGCCAACAGCCGCAAGAUCGACCGGACCUUGUUGCAAGGGUAUUCAGGGCCAAGCUACGAGACAUGUUAGAUUUGUUCACCAAGAAAAAGUAUUACGGUGAGGUUCAGGCAUAUGCUCACGUUACCGAGUUUCAGAAGCGGGGCCUCCCACAUGAACAUAUCCUAUUAAUCAUGAAGCCAGGUAGCAAGUUAACAAACCUAGAUGGUUAUGAUAAAGUUAUAUGUGCAGAGAUACCAGACAAGGAAAAAUACCCCGUGCUACAUCGUCUGGUCAUAAAGCAUAUGUUGCAUGGGCCGUGCGGUGAGCUAAACAAAAAAGUGCGCAUGCAUGGUGGAUGGAGAGUGUCGCUUCAACUUUCCCCGACUGUUCUGUCAAGCAAAGAAAACACUUUUGGCGAGCCUCCGGAGAAUGAUGACGUUGGCAAUACUUUAUACGAUGAAGACACUAAUGAGGUGGAUAACAGGUCAUGCAAGCGGAAGAAAGAUAGAUUUGUCACUGCAAGAGAAGUCUAUGCCCUGGAUUGGUAUUCUAACCCUGAGAACCAAAAGAAGAUACGAGCUGAGCUGUACCAGGGUGUCGUCAACGUGAUCAAUUCUGGAGAGACAAGGGGUAAAGAGGUAGGAAAGAGGAUUGUUCUACCUCGGUCUUUUCCUGGUGGCGAUCGCGACAUGCAGCGGUGGUUUCUUAAUGCAAUGGCUCUUGUCCAACGUUUCGGGAGACCAUACUACUUCAUCACGAUGACCUGCAAUCCAAAUUGGGAGGAGAUAACAGAAAAUCUCUAUCCUGGCCAACAGCCGCAAGAUCGACCGGACCUUGUUGCAAGGGUAUUCAGGGCCAAGCUACGAGACAUGUUAGAUUUGUUCACCAAGAAAAAGUAUUACGGUGAGGUUCAGGCAUAUGCUCACGUUACCGAGUUUCAGAAGCGGGGCCUCCCACAUGAACAUAUCCUAUUAAUCAUGAAGCCAGGUAGCAAGUUAACAAACCUAGAUGGUUAUGAUAAAGUUAUAUGUGCAGAGAUACCAGACAAGGAAAAAUACCCCGUGCUACAUCGUCUGGUCAUAAAGCAUAUGUUGCAUGGGCCGUGCGGUGAGCUAAACAAAAAAGUGCGCAUGCAUGGUGGAUGGAGAGUGUCGCUUCAACUUUCCCCGACUGUUCUGUCAAGCAACACAACAAGGGAAGGACUCUUAUCCUUCUUACAGGAGGAGAGAUGA